UCCUGUCAUUGGUCAGGGAAUGAGAAAGUCUUCCCACUUUCUAGUAGGAUUUGUUUCUUCAGUAUGUUACUGACUGCGGUGGGAAGUGGUUUCGCGGUCCAGUGUUCAUAUGGUGCUCAAGUUUUCAUGAAGUUUUGUGAUUUUUGCACCGACAUAGAAAUUAUGUCGACUCAAAAUGGGUAAUUUAUCAAUACUAGUGAAAUUUAGUGCGGUACUUUUCUUUUGCAUUUUGGAUUAUACGCGGGCUGAUAACGAAUUACAAGAAUGUAUUGAAGGACAAAGUGGUUGCAAGAGAUGUAGAGAUGGAACAUGUGCAAGAUGUGCAGUUCUUUUACAUCAAGGUACUUGUGUUGAUACUUGCCCACCAGGCCAUAUUGCAGAUUGGUCAACUAGAGAUGAAUACAUGGGAAAAAUUUGUAAAGAAACAGGAUAUAUGUUUGGAUUUACUGGUAGUCAAGUAGCUAUUUUGGUGGGAGUUGUUUCUGGUGCAACUAUAUGUAUUCUGAUAAUAUUAUGUGGAGCUAUAAUUGUACAUAGAAGAAAAAAAACUGUUAAGUUAAUCCAACAGUUUGAGGACAGUGCAGAGAGAAGAGAAUUUUUAAAACAUUUGGCAAUAUUGAGAGGAGAAGGCAAUACAUUUCUUUCCAUGCUCAAUGAUACUAGAAAACAAGUGAGAGAAUUAUACUAUUCUGGAAAUAAUGGAGAUGGUGCUGUUGGAAUACAAGCAUAUAGACCAGUUCUACGUGAUUUGGCAAGGAUAUUAGUUCUUAUUAAUAGAAGAGAUGAUGAAAUACCAGUUCCUCCAGAUGAUUGGCAAAGACUUUUUUCAUGGGCAGAAAGACUAUUAAGGCGAUAUAAAAGGCAUAGUUCUCCUGAAGUGGCUCAACUUGUAACAUUCUUGCAACAACCAACAGUAUCCGUCCAAAUGAAUUUACCACAGCAAAUAACAAUCACACAAUCACUUCAGUCUUAUGAACCAAGAACCACUCCAACUAAUCUGACUACAUUCCAACCAAAUGUACCACUUACAACAUUUCAAGCAAGUGACAAAUCAAGUAUUAGUCCUGCUAGUUCCAGUCUUGGAUAUGUAAAAGACAGUCCUGUGAGUUCCAGUCUUGGACAGAAUAGUUCUGGAGUUUAUAAUGAGAAACUUAGUCCAAAUGGAUCUAGCAUAGGUCAAACAACUCCACUAGUAUAUGAUAACCAAAAACGAUUGAAACCUCCAAAUACACAUUUUCAGGAACUUGCUAUUUCGACUUUUAAUCAUAAUUAUAAUACUGGUGCAUUAACAGAAUCUAAUUGUACAAUAGAUGAAUGCGAAGCAAAUGGACUUGAUCGCGAAUUAAAUCCUCAAUGGGAAUUUCAAAGUAGUACAGAGGCUGCUAAUUAUACUAUUUUAUCAGAUUGGUCACCUGCUCGUGAAUACCUCAUUGAUGACUUUACAAUUCUUGGUUUUCGACCACAAGAUGAAAUUACCACAGAACUGUAAAUAAUAUAUAAUAAUAUACAUAAUUUAUAUAUUUUUUUUUAGUAUUUGCUCAUAAAGAUACAUUUUCUAUACUAAA